ACGGCGGGCAAAAGAGAAACAGGAACGGUCUGGGAGGUUAAAGGAGAGCUCAUAGCUCCAUGUCGACUCGCUCUGGUCCUCGUCUGGUCCCCCUCCGUUUGCUGAUUAUUAGGCUUCCCUGAAUCUUGCAUCUACGUUCGUCUCUGCCUACAACCCAAUCUCCCCCAAUCUCCCCCAAUCCCAAAUCCUCCCAUUUGCCUUGCCGCAUGUUCCUUUUCUAAAGAGCUGCAGCUUCUUCCGGCAGCCUGCCUCGGACAGUCCCCACUCUUUAUUACUCCUACAGAUUUGGUUCUGGUUAAUUGAUCAUCGAAGAAAAGGUCAUUCCCGCCACUUUCGCUCGGACCUUUUCUCUCUUCCCACAGCUCGCCUGGCGCUUUGGGGGGGGUUCUUUUUUUUUCCUUAUCUAUCCAGAACUCGCUACGUAUCUUGAGGCUGAGCAUUGUUCAAGAUGGCGGGCAUCUUUCGAGCCAUCUAUGACUGGCUCCUGAGGAUGUUCUGGGCUACGGAGAUGGAUGUUACGAUGAUUGGUCUGCAAAAUGCUGGCAAGUCGUCGCUGCUGCGUGUUCUGGCGGGCGGAGAGUUCACUGUAGACUCCAUACCGACCAUCGGUUUCAACACAAAGAAGGUUCAGAAGGGCCAUGUGACGCUAAAAUGCUGGGAUCUCGGUGGGCAACCGCGAUUUCGACCGAUGUGGGAGCGAUAUUGCCGAGGCGUCAAUGCUAUCGUGUAUAUCGUAGAUGCGGCGGACCAGGCUGCUCUGCCGGUUGCCACCGAAGAACUCCACGACCUGAUGAGAAAACCCACGCUCGACGGUAUCCCGUUGUUAGUCCUUGGGAACAAGUCGGAUCUUCCAGACAAGUUAUCCGUCGACGAUCUGAUCGAAACCAUGGACCUGAAGUCUAUCACCCGCCGUGAAGUCAGCUGCUAUGGAAUCAGCGCCAAGGAGGAAACCAACCUCGACGCAGUCUUACACUGGCUCAUUGCCCGAUCCAGCAGAUAAAUUUCCGGCUCUUUUUCCCCAACCACCCCCCAGACGAGCCCCGGCCCGACCACGUUGACAGCACGGAUCUUUUCUUUGUCUCUUUCAUCCUCACCGGUAGAUUUUCGAUGAUUUUGGCUCGCUGCCCGGCCUCUUAUGAUAACGAUCUCGUUCAGGGAACAUGCAAUUGGAGCGAUCUUCUUUCUUUUUUGGUUUGGUUUGGUUUGGUCUUUUCUGUGGCUUUCUCCUUUCUCCCAGUGGUUUUGGGGCAUAGUUGCUUUUUACCGAUUUUUAUUGCAUCCAACUCACGAAUCUUUCCUGUGUAUCAGUUUUUGGUUUAGCUUGAUAUCUCCCCUUUGGAUAACCAUGUUCGAGUAUUUGUGUUUGAUAGCAAGUUCUAGCAACGCAGAGUGUGAACUUCUCGAUUGAAUUCAAGAUAUCUCGUCUUACGUCUUAUCUUGCAGGUUCCGGUUAGACGGGU